AUGAAAAAUUCACAAGAGAAAGAUAAGAAAUCGCCAUGUGACCCGGCUAGCAACCGGCGCCGUACUACAUCCGGGGUAAACGGUGGGAAAUGUGUUACCGGCCAUGCGAUUGUGGUAGACCAGGCAUCGCAGGGAAAUUCUGCUACUGGCAAAACUUUUAAACUGCGAGAAGAUAAGAGGAUAGGAACGUGGAACGUGCGUGGUUUACUCAUGGCUGGGAAGCUUAACAUCUUGGAGAACGAGAUACUUAGAUGUGGUGUCGAGGUAUGCGGUCUUAGUGAGACUCAUUGGAAAGGUCAGGGCCAUUUCUUGACUGAUAAAAACGUCAUUUAUUUCUCUGGAAAUGAUAAUGAAAGCAUAAAUGGAGUAGCUUUUUUGCUGCCGAGGCAGUUGAGGCAUUGCGUUCUGGGUUAUGAGCCUGUGAGUGACCGAAUAAUGAGCAUAAAAUUAAAGGCAACGCCCAUAAACCUAAACAUCGUACAGGUUUAUGCACCCACGAGCUCUUAUAGUAUUGAAAUGUUAGAAAACUUCUAUUCAGAUCUGGAAAGGACCAUCUCAAAAAUUCCAAGCAGAGAAAUGCUCAUGAUUAUUGGAGAUCUAAAUGCCAAAAUCGGUGAAAAUGCACAAACUCUUGGCCAUGUCGCGGGUCCAUAUGGGUUGGGCAAGCGUAAUGAAAGGGGGGAACGCCUAAUACAAUUCGCAGCUGAAAAAAACUUGAUUAUCGCAAACAGUCUCUUCCGUCACCAUCCCCGAAGAUUAUACACCUGGACAUCACCAGACGGUAAUUAUAAAAAUCAAAUAGAUUACAUCCUAAUUAAAUCAAGAUGGAGGACUUCUAUUAAAAAUGCUCAUACUCUUCCUGGAGCCGACUGCGGAUCGGAUCACCAACUAUUGAUUGCAAGGAUACAGCUUAAACUUAAAGCAGCCAGGAAAGAAAGCAAUAAACGAAGGAUGGAGGUGAAGGAUAACACUAAAUUUAUAGCUGUGCUUGAGAAAAAUUGGGAUCAGUGGAUUGAUGCGAAGUCGGUUGGAAAGACUUCGGAUCAACUGUGGACCAGUGCGAAAACCCUUUUGGAAAGCGCAGUUUGGGAGUGUAAUACGCCUUCGACAACCGUAAAACGGCAACACUGGAUGAGUGAUGAUACUCUGGGACUGGUUGAGGAGAGACGAAGACUCAAAUCUACGGGUGCUAACAUCAAAAAAUUGAAUAGCCUCUCUGCAAAAAUCCAAGCUGGAUGCAGGCGAGAUCUAAAUAACAAUCUGCGGAAUAUCUGUGCAGAAAUUGAAGUACAUGCAGACAAGUACGAAACCAGAGACCUCCAUCAGAAGAUCCGGUCACUAACUAGGACACUCUCAUCGAAGACCUGGGCGAUAGAGAAUCAUAAUGGUGAACUAAUUACAGAAAUGGAUGGGAUAUCUGAAACAUGGAAGAUCCACUGUGAGGCUUUGUUUCAGGAUCCAAACUCACAAGAAUUUCCAUCAACAGAACCNUAUGGCUCGGGUUCGCGCGGUCAUCGGAGAAAGUUGAAUAUUUGA